UUCGGGAGCCCUCGGGUGCUGGUGGAGCCGGAGCCGGCGGCGGGGGUCGCCGUGAUGAAGCUGAAGAGCCCGCCGGUCAACAGCCUCAGCCUGGAGCUGCUGACGGAGUUCGUCAUCAGCCUGGAGAAGCUGGAAAACGACAAGACCUUCCGAGGCGCCGUCAUGACUUCGGACUGCCCCGGGAUCUUCUCGGCCGGCCUGGACCUGACCGAGCUCUGCGGGAAGAGCCCGGCGCACUAUGCCGAGUACUGGAAGGCUGUGCAGGAGCUGUGGCUGCGGCUCUACCUGUCCAACCUGGUGCUGAUUGCCGCCAUCAACGGAGUCAGUCCGGCAGGAGGCUGCCUCCUCAGCCUCUCCUGUGACUACCGGAUCCUGGCGGACAACCCCAAGUACAGCAUGGGGCUGAACGAGACACGGCUGGGCAUCGUCGCCCCCUUCUGGUUCAAAGACACCCUCGUGAACACCAUCGGGCAGCGGAGCGCGGAGCGCGCCCUGCAGCUGGGGCUGCUCUUCCCGCCCGCAGAGGCCCUGCGGCUGGGCAUGGUGGACCAGGUGGUGCCUGAGGACCAAGUGCAGAGCACAGCGCUGUCGGCGAUGACCCAGUGGCUGGCCAUUCCAGACCAUGCUCGACAGCUGACCAAAACCAUGAUGCGCAAGCCCACGGCUGACCGCCUGGUGAAACAGCGGGACGCAGACAUCCAGAAUUUCGUCAGCUUCAUCUCCAGGGACUCCAUCCAAAAGUCCCUGCACACGUACAUAGAAAAGCUCAAAGAGAAGAAAGGCUAAGCGCCGGGCUGCACACAUGGGACUCCCCACCCUUCUGGGGCCCUCUGCUUCCGCGGGGUUUUAAAUUAGGUGUUUUCCAAUUGAAAGGUGCUUUUGGCACUUGGUUUUCCUGAUCUUCUUAGAAGCCCUGUUCCCUGUAGCUAGUGUCCCAAGGCCACCUCCUCCCACGUGCUUUUUCUGCCUGGCAAGCAGGCAGGGGGCGCUGGGAGGGCGGCGUUCCCAGGGGGGAAUGCGGAGCCAGCAGCUGGGGCAGUUGAGGCCCUCAGCCACGUCACUGGCCGAUGCCCCCUUCCCAGAGCAGAAGUGUGAAUAAAGUCCUUGCGCUGUCCCAUCA